CGCGUUACACAAGAAACAGGGUAGGAGCGGCGCUAUGGCGGGAUAGUGCAUGAGCUUACCUGCUGUCAUGGGAACAACAUGUCCAUCGAAGACCCACGAUGAGAAGGGCAACACCUUCCCCUCUUGACCACAAGGUGUGACGGAGCUGGAAAGGAGAUGAAGUCUGACGAGGAAGCGUUGGCGCAGGGUGAUCGACAGCAGGGUUGCUUCCUUGGCUGGAAGGCGCGCUUGGACAUUGCUCACUAUCCGGCGUUAACCUUCAUGUUCCCAAGCUCUUCAUGUUCUGUGACAACUUUCGCGUGGGUUCGUGGGAUUGCCGUGCACGAAGAGAACCCACAUCAUUGCACAGUGGUACGUGUGUGUGGAACAGCUUCCUGCAGCAUCAAUCGUUGUCCUGUAAAUCGCCACUCCUACCUUCUCACGGCGACAGCGCGCUUCACCAGUCUAACCGCGACGGCCGUUCAAACCCUUCGUGAAGAGAGCGACGGUGACAAGCCAAGUCAACUGCGGCGUGUUAGCCUGCGCGCAGAGGUUUGUACAUGCACUUACAAACACGAGUAUCAGCACGAAGUGGCACAGCUUGAUGUCGCAAAAAUGUCCACACCGAACCUGAUUGGUGCUGUCUCCGGCUUCGAUGUCGAUGCUUCCAUAGUCUCGUCGAUGAGUCUCCAGCGUGCUCGGAGUAGACUGUCACGCUUCGUCGUGAGCUGGCUUUUGGCGACGGAGUCGCGGCGAUGUUGCUGAUCAUGAAGAUCGCUGAGCAUCCGACUGGUCACAACGUCCCGAGAGGAAACCAUAUUGAAACAUUGAUUCCAGACCUCGAGGCUUCAUUGAUGGCUGUCGUAUAUUGUGCUGUGGUGAGUAUUACAGAUAUAGAUCGGGAACUAUAGUGGUUGUACCGCAGCUUCUCGUGCAUGGCGAGGUGUGGUAAGCUUUGACGAAGCUACUC